AAACCAUUGCAAGACCAAAGCAUGGACACACACAUACAUACACAGAAAAAUUCCCUCAACCGGAAGUUUUCUAAGUCUCAUAAUAAACUUGCUGCAAGAAGAAGCGGAGGGAGGGGGCAUAGUGAGCGAGUGAGCCAUGGCAAAGUUGGUGGCAGUGCAGCCUCAACACCAGACACCUUCCCUCUCUCUCCUCCCUUCUUCUUUCUCUGACUUCAAUGGCACCCGACUCCAUGCUUGCAUUCAGUAUAAGAGGAAGGUGUGGCAGCCUAAAGGAGCACUGCGGGUCACUGCAUCGAGCAAUAAGAAGAUCCUUAUAAUGGGAGGCACCCGUUUUAUUGGUGUGUUUAUGUCAAGACUACUUGUCAAGGAAGGUCAUCAGGUUACUUUGUUUACCAGAGGAAAAGCACCCAUCACUCAACAAUUGCCUGGUGAGUCGGACAAGGACUACGCUGAUUUUUCGUCCAAGAUCCUGCAUUUGAAAGGAGACAGAAAGGAUUUUGAUUUUGUUAAAUCUAGUCUUGCUGCAGAAGGCUUUGACGUUGUUUAUGACAUUAACGGACGAGAGGCGGAUGAAGUCGCGCCAAUAUUGGAUGCCCUGCCAAAUCUAGAACAGUACAUCUACUGCUCUUCGGCUGGUGUCUAUCUCAAGUCUGAUUAUAUGCCUCACUGUGAGACAGAUGCGGUUGACCCGAAGAGUAGGCACAAGGGAAAACUUGAAACCGAGAACUUGUUGGCCUCAAGCGGUGUCAACUGGACUUCACUGAGACCGGUGUAUAUCUAUGGGCCCUUGAACUACAACCCCGUAGAAGAGUGGUUCUUCCACCGUCUGAAAGCAGGUCGUCCCAUUCCGAUUCCCAACUCUGGAAUACAAAUAACUCAGCUUGGCCACGUUAAGGAUCUGGCAACAGCAUUUGUUCAGGUUCUUGGUAAUGAGAAAGCCAGCAAGCAAGUGUUUAACAUUUCGGGAGAGAAGUAUGUGACAUUCAACGGGCUAGCAAAAGCAUGCGCCAAGGCUGCUGGUUUUCCGGAGCCUGAAAUCAUCCACUACAAUCCCAGGGAGUUCGAUUUUGGUAAAAAGAAGGCAUUCCCAUUCCGUGACCAGCAUUACUUUGCGUCAGUCAACAAAGCGAAGAGUGUGCUUGGGUGGAAACCGGAAUUUGACCUGGUCGAAGGCCUUGCGGACUCCUACAACCUAGACUUUGGCCGAGGGACUUUCAGAAAAGAGGCCGAUUUCACCACCGACGACAUGAUCCUCGGAAAGAGUCUUGUUCUUCAGAGCUAGACAGAUUCAAACUCUUUCUGUCGUGUUCUUACAGAUUUCUCUUUCUUUCUGCUCAUGCUAUAUUCUUUCUCCUUUCACAAGGCCUCCAUGACGUCAUGAUCUUAUGCGAAAUUGAAAAGUUUUCCUUUGGGCAAAGUCAUUGGAGAGAUGUAAUUGUUGCAUUUUGUAGCAUUAAAUCAAACUAGAAAAAAUAUAUUCAGAAAUGCUCUUUGUUA